AUGGCCACUCAAUCCCACUGUGGCUCCAUGAUCGCCAACCCCACCCGCCUGGAAACCCCAAAUGGUGGACGUGGCGCAUCCGAGACAUGCAUGCAUGGACUUUUGCUCAACGGCGAGAAACCGAGGCAGAAAGAGGAAGAAUACUUUCCAAAAAAGAGCAAAAAUAGAGAGCUUAGAAAGACGGUGAGAGGAUUCGCCGCUCUUAAGGUUGCAAUGGCAUCAUGGGAGGGUCCAACUCGGCUGACGGACGGCAUCACUUUUCCUCCUUCACGGCAGGGAUCGUCGAGGCAAGGCGCCGAUCUUUGCCCCCGCGGAUGCGCGAAAUCCCCAAUUGAUCAAGUCCAGGCCAGAACCAACAGCCGGUUGUUGCGGGGAGACCGAUGA